AAACGUUUUUGCAAAAGUCGUGCAGUCAGAUCGCGGCUUAAGUAUUUACGGAGGUCUAUUGCUUUGACCAGUGUAGUGAAGAGGUGUAACUUAGACUUUUAGAUUCUACCAAUUGCUAGUAUAGAUCAAUUAAUAUUUUUAGAAUGACAGUACAAAUUAAUAUAGUUGCUCGGAUUUUUAAUAAUAAGGAUUUAACUCAAAUUUUGGCCAUUAUAAUAGCUGGGCUUGCUCCUAUCACGACUGGUAUAUUAUAUGCAUGGAGUUCGCCAUCCAUAUUGCAAAUUCAAAAAGACAAUGUAACUUACCAUAUUACAGACGAAGAAACUUCAUAUUUUCCUAUUUUACCCCCACUUGGUAUGGUGGUAGGUGCGUUAUUUUUUAAUAAAAUAACAGAUAUCAUAGGCAGAAAAUUGACAUUGCUCCUAGUAUCAGUUCCGCAUCUAAUCUGUUGGUUAAUAAUAUAUUUUGCGAAGAACGCUACCGCUUUUUUCAUAUCCAGGAUAAUUGCAGGAAUUGGUGAUGCGGCAUUAUUUGCUUCUUUACCUGUUUAUGUGGGAGAAAUAUCUACUCCAAAAGUGAGAGGUUUUUGGGGAAACUUCAAUACAUUUUGUCACUAUGGAGGACAAUUUCUUGUAACAAUAAUUGGUAGCUACCUUUCAGUAAGGAAAACAGCCAUUGUAUGCAGCGCACUACCCAUACUUUUUGUUUUACUCUUCAUUCAAAUGCCCGAGUCUCCCUACUACCUUAUCCAAAAACAAAAACUGGACAAAGCACAAAAGUCCUUAAGAUGGCUAAGAGAAGAAGAUGUAAAUGAAGAGUUUCAAAAGAUGCAAGCUGAUGUCGCAAGGCAAAUUUCUGAAUCAGGAACGUGGAAGGAUCUGUUUAUUAUUGGAAGCAACAGAAGAGCUCUGCUGGCUGGAGUUUUUCUAAGAUUUUCUCAACUGCUUGGUGGUAUCUCGGCAUUUGCUACUAAUACCCAACCUAUUUUCCAAAAAGCUGGAGGAGACUUCAAUCCACAACUAUGUUCCAUUAUUUUCCUCGGGUUGUGUUUUGUGUUAAAUUUUUUUGGAAGCGCAGUUGUUGCCAAACUUGGCAGAAAGAAAUCUUAUAUAUACUCGCCUCUUGGCUGUGGAUUAUCGCUUUUAACAUUAUCGAUAUAUUUUAUCUUAGAUGAACAUACUACAAUUGAUUUGUCUAAAUUCGGCAUGCUACCUUUAGUAGGCAUGAUAAUUUAUAUGAUAUUUUUUUCUUUUGGAAUGGGAGUCGUACCCACAUUAAUGCUUUCAGAACUCUUUUCAGCAAGUAUUAAAGGCAAGGCACUUUGUAUAAUGAAUAUGGUAUUUGGUACAGCUCUUUUUGUUAGCAACUUUAUUUUUAAACUAAUGGAUAGUUAUAUAGGAUUAUAUGCACCAUUUUUAGUGUUUGCUAUAAGUUGUCUCUUGACUUCUGUUUUAAGUAUUUAUGUAGUCCCUGAGACAAAAGGAAAAACUUUAGAAGAAAUACAGCAAUCCCUGAAAUCUAAAAGUAAACCUGAAAUAAAGUCUGAAAAAUUUAACAAAAUUGAUUUGCCAUAAUAACUGUUUUAUUGUUUUAACUGUAAUUAUGUUUUAGCCAAGUAAAUGUUAGGUUUUAUAUUGAAAUAGAAUGACUAUAUGAAAAAUAUUUAAAAAGGGUGGUAAAAAGGUGGUGCUUAUAACAUAUUAGAUCAUAGGACUUUAAGAAACGACACUUAAUAUAGAUUUAAUAAAAUAAUUAGUGAUAUGAAUAUUGUUUAUAUUUUGUUUAAAAUUAACUCUUAACUGUGUUAAGAUGAUUCUUUUUUCUAAACAUUUUUAUACUUUUUAGGAUUUAUAUUAAGUCUGAAA